AUCCGUCCCAGUAUGACAUUCCCGGGCAUUCGUUACAGUCAUGUCUGCUACGACCGUGUCUACUAGUGAUAUCUCUCUGCAGCCGCUGACGACCCCCUUUAUCCCACCGCCCGGCUGUGGAAACCAAUACAGCACCAUGGAUUAUCUGCUCUACUCCAAACAUUCAUAUCAUCUGUCUGUCUCAAAGGAACUUCCGUCUUGCCAACCAUCCGGAUGGGGUGAGGUUCACCCUUUCUACCUUAUACGGCCUGGCAAGCCCCGGCACCUCGCUACCGGCGUGUUUCCAAAGUGUGUCCGCCACCACGGCGUUGCUUCCCGGCAAACCAUCCCGAGCCCGGUACCGACGGUACGCAUGCAUGAGGCAUGGCACAUCACCUGGGCCUCGACCGAUGUGCCAACCCUUCAUCCCCCACCGCCGGAUAUUGGUGCUUGUACUACCCUUGCACUGAGCUCCUGGGUUCCGGGCGCCGCGGUGGAAGGCGGACUGCUAUGCGAGUCCUCGAGUGGAGAGCCCCCGGGGCCGACCAACACCAACAACAGCGAGAAUUAUCAUGAUAGGGGGUCUGACACGGCGACAAGGUGGUUUCUCAUUGUUGGACUUCCGAUUAUUGCGGUUUUCGCAGUCGUCGGGUGCUGUAUAUGUGCUUGCUGUCGGCAAAAGAAGCGUAGAAAGAAGAGGCUGGAGCCUUCCAAUCAGCAAGCUUCUUUGGCUUCUUGAGGAUGUCGAGGCUCUCCCUAAAAAGGCUUCGAUGCCAGGAAUUUUGGUGGCCUGAAAAGAGUUAAAACCACCUCCUGAGAUCGGGACGGUGGAGUCACUCCUGAUACUUGGUAGGAGACUCUGCAGCCAAGUGAUAUAAUUUGGUUUACUUUUUCUGCUGUCUAAAGG